AUGAAAAGGCAGCAGGUGGGCACCAAGUUGCAGCUCAGCAAGCACUGCGCGCGCUUGUUUGGACGGUGCGCUUGGAAUGCCAGGUACCUGAAAGACAAGCUCAUUGGCAAAGCCAGCGACCAUGUCGCACUCUUGACUGCAUGGGGCCCCAAGGCCAUAGGUGAUAGCGAGGGGGAGUUCGGCGAAGUUGCUGCCCUGAUGCGCCUCUCUCUCAAGGCGUACCAGGCCACCCUGAAGGCGCAGAAGACAGACUUCCAGUUCGAGGUAGCCCGAGAAGGGGAAGGUCGAGACUGUUUAGUAAUGCCUCCUUCCAACUUUGCACUCCUCGGCUUGAAGGACACAUUUCACAUGCUGCUGAAGGGCUUUCGUGUGCUUCUCAUCGUGCAACCGCGCUUCUUCCCGCAUUUCCGAGAAAUACAGCUGGACUUGGCCAGCUGUGGUUUGCCAGAUGGCCUCGUGGAGGUCCUGCCUGGCAUCACUCCUGAAGCUGAUGCAGAAGUUCUGCAUGAGGCGCUGAGACUUGUGGACCGUCUGCAGUUCACAGGUUCGUCGGCCAUGUUCAAGAGCCUCGUCUUGAAGGCUUUGGAGCUGGGUAACCUGAGAAUGGAGCAUGCCGGCGAGGUCAGUGGCUUGAACAAGGUCCGCCUGGAGAAUGUGUCCGUGUCCCAUCCUGCUGUUGCGCGUGGUACCAGCUGGGCAGCCAUGGCCAACAACGGCGAGCUAUGCACUUCUGCUUCCUUGGUAGAGUUUGACACGUCUGUGGGUGACACUGCGGAGAAGGUGAAGACUGCCUUGGAUGAGGCGCAAAAGGCUUUUCACGUCGGCAGGGACCCUGCAGACACAAGGCUCGACAUUCUCUUGAGAGAUGGAAAGACCGAGCAGCUAGAGAUCAAAACGGAGGAGCCAGCAGAUGGAUUCCGGGAGUGGUGGGAGAAAACAAUCCUAGCUGCCCCCAGGGAUGGGCCCCUCCAGCUGCGAACGAAUCAGUCUUUAGGGCACUGCGUCUAUGCGCCGAGCAUUGGACGUGCUGUUGAGAUCGGGACCAAGGAGGACGCAUCCAACAUUUAUUGCGUCGGGGUGUCUGAGGAAGCCUCCGCCCCAUCCGCACGCGCUGGAACAACUGGUGCCAAACUGCCCGAGAGUGCCUUUGGUGGCAUGAAGAGUUACACCUAUGCUGUCGCUGGUGACCACGACGGAGUUGGCACUGUCCAAACCCUGUUUGACAACACCAAGCGACGAGGGCCAAACUUCCGUGAUCAGGAAGAAGCGUAUGCUCAGUACGAACUGACAGAAGUGGCUGAGAUGCUUCUGGAAUUUCUUUCUCCCAGAGAUCAGAUGAGCUUCAGCAAGCAGAUCUCCAAUGUGCUGGAGAUCUUCGCAGCCUUCGAGCCCGAACUCACGGAGCCCUACGGAGGACAGGGCUUGGUCAACGCGGACGGAAGGAGUCAGCUGGUGACGCUCCAGGCACUAAAGCCCUCCCGCAAGCAGCUCCUGAUUCCUCGCGGAGUCGGCCUUCCCGAGGAGAUCGUCAAGAUGGCGGCGCUUUGCGCAAUGUCGCCAUUGAAGGAGAUCCCGGCAGAUUUGCAUUUACUUUCGGCCGCGCAGGCCGGAAAACUUCGGGUGACAGACCCGCUGAAGUCCUUCAUCAAGGUUGUUGAGAAACAUCUUGGAUGGAGGGUGCACUAUCAUGAGAACACAGAGGCCCUCGUGCAAGCCCUCACUGCAGCAGAGUACCCGCCGUAUUUCUUCUGCAUCAAGGACAAGCACCUUUUGCCAGUGGAGGUCCUCAAAGUAGUUGCAGAGCAAGGAGGCUACUUCUACGAGGGCCUGCCAAGUGACCCUUUGUCUUUGUUCCGCUGCCUGACAGCAUCACAGGCGUGGACGGUGGCCUGUACAGAGGCGCAGGUUGAGGAGGCCGGCGAGGCCUUGAAGCAAGCCUGGCAGACGAUUGGCCUGCGCGAGGUGCUCUUGCUUUGA